AUGUUCACUAGGAAGCUCUUACCGGUGAGCAACUCGGCGCUGAAACCAUCGCUGCCAGAGAUCAGGAAUAGCGUCAGCAGAAGCACGUUUACAUUGAUGACCUACAACAUGCUCUCGCCAUACUACAUGUGGCCUCAGGUCUACACCUACGUCCCGGAAAAGUACAAAGACUGGUCAUACAGGCACCGGCUACUUGAGCGGGAGAUCCUGAAUCUCUACCGAGCUGACAUCAUGUGCGUACAGGAGCUAACGUGCAAAGACUACGAAGGCUUCUGGAAAAACCACUUCAAGACAAAAAUGAACUAUGGGAGCAGCUACAUUGCCAAAACGCCCCCCAAAUACUGGAAGAGGCCCGAGGAUGAAAUGGAUGGUGUGGGCAUCUUCUACAACUUGAAUAAAUUUGAGCAUAUUUCCACCUCUAGCAUCUAUCUCAAUGACCUAAUCGGACUGUUCAACAUCAGUGAGCUCAACUACCUCAAAAGCACGAUCAUCACGCUCACCAACGGCGCAGGAGAGCCCAUUGAUAAAGACAGCCUCUUAAACGUGCUGCACGGCAGAAACCAGGUCAGCCUGUUCGUAUCGCUACUACACAAAGAGACUCGAACCCUUUUUGUGGUCGUAAACACGCAUCUGUACUGGAAGUACGACGAAGUCAAGCUGUGCCAGUGUCUCACGAUAAUGCGAAAGCUGCAUCGCGUGAUCAAGUCGUUACUCAUGGGCAUGGAGGGCGUCACGUACUCCAAGGUCAAGAUUCUUUUCGCGGGCGAUUUGAACUCGGCCCCCGACUCCCCUGUCAUUAAAUUCCUCAAAGGCGAAAGUGUGCAUCGCGCCGACUUGAGCUUGAUCAAUCCUCUGCGGCCAUACCUCAACCGCUACAUCUACCAGGAUACCUCCGCCGACCUUUUUGAGCACACUUGCUACUCGGGGAAGCUGAAGGGAAUUUUCGACUACAUCUGGUAUCAUGAUAAGGAUUUCAGGCUUAAGCGGAUCUUAAGCGGUGCUGAAGUGUCCCAGGAGCUGCGCGAGCUCCAGGAGUUCGGACUUCCAAACAAAGACCACCCAAGCGACCACAUACCAGUUCUUGCCGAGCUAGAACUACUGGACUGA